AUGAAGUUUGCGAGUGCGGAUUACUCCGUUGGGUACCCCAUGUACGGUGCCACUUUCUUGAGCGACGACGUGCUGCUCGUUACGGGCGGUGGGGACGCUGACUCUGGUUCCCCGUUGACGAAACUGACUGCGUUGCGGGUGGACCUUAAAAAGAAGAAAGUGAUGAAGCGGUUUAGGGAGAUCACGUUGGAGCAGAAGGACAAUUCUGCGACUGCACUGGACUCUGCGUUUGUCGCGCACGGCGGGGCGGUCACGAACCUUAUUCUGCUCGGGUGCAACGAAACGGUGCCCCUCGGCGAACCGAACCACCAUCUGCGGAAAUUCUUCUUCGAGAAUGCGCACUUGAAGUACGAAUCCUGUGCGGACUUCAACAGGUCCAGUGAGUUGAGCGAGUACACGAAACUUGUUCGGCUUUGCAAGGAUGGCUCUGUCGCGGCAAUUGCGUCCUCCAAACUGCCCACCACUGUCAGGAUUAUCGAUCCGGUCACGAUGGUUGAAAGGUACGAGAUUGAAACGGGGAGAGACGUGAGAGAUCUAUGUUUUUCACCGGAUGGGAAGGUCGUUGCGUACGUGACAGAGACGUCCCUAGAGGUGAUCUCCAUCGUCACCGGUAGGUUUAUCAUCAGAAAGACUGACUUUGACGCUAACCAGAUUCUGUCAAAGGUUAACUUUUUGAACAAUGACACCAUCUUGGUUGCCGCAAGUUUAAUUAAGGACAAGCUUGGCGUUGUCUUGAGCGUAGUUUCGAUAAAGAGCAAAGAGGUUUCGAUAUUGAAGAGCAAGACUAUUAAGGGUAACUUUAAGGGGAUCACCUCGAUGGACGUGGAUAACAAGGGCGAGCUGGCCGUACUGGCUGUGAGCGGGAGUUCUCUGUUGGUCAUCAAAUUGAAAGACUUGUCAACUUUGAAAGUUUUCAAAUCAGUUCAUCAGUUGGAAAUCACCAAAGUAAGAUUCUCCCCCAAUUCUCGGAUGAUUGCCACUGUUUCCCCGGACAAAAACGUGCACUUGGUUGUGAUUCCAGAGGGGCUCGCGAAAUCAACGUCAUUUGGCCAUAAACUGCUAAAGGUGCUACUAAAUCUAUUCUUUGCUAUUGGGAUUGUUGCCGUAUCGUAUUUUGUGCACAAAUACGACCUACACUCAAAAUCAUACAAAUACUUAAAUGAGAAGUAUUUCACCAAACCAGACGUGUCCGGUUACUUCCACAUGAAUGAUAGAAUGACAACCACUACCGACAUUUUUGAUGAUAUAAUACGCAUCAACACACUAACGAGGCCGGUAGACACGCCAUCGCAUUAUACGAGACAAUAUCACGACGCUUACUCGAGGGUCGAAUCUGUAAUCCAUAGUGCAAUCCCUACCCUUGGACCUCAAACUACUUCCGAGGUAUACACAGCAUCAAGUACAUCCAGUAAGAGCAGUUUCUCUCCCAUUGUUAGAUAUCAAUCUGACCUGACAAAAGUAGUGCUUAGCAGUCAAGCAACAAAAAGUAGUCUGUUAACACAAAGUGAAAUUCGUAUCUCCAGUACUGAAAAGAGGGAUACACUACCAAAAACUUCGAGCCCGGUCCAAACGAUGUCUUCUAGUUCUGAAACUGUGACUUCUGCCCAGAAAUUGACUGAGUCUCAGACCGUUCUCGAAAACAUAAAAAGAAGCGUCCCUUCAGCAAGCGUCGAUCCUGCUGUGAAGGGAAAGGAGCUUAAGACAAUCACUGUUGAUGGAGUUGUUUAUGAGGUGAUGGCAGUUAAAGAAACUGUGCAGGAGGGCGAGCAUUUGACUACGGCAGGUGGAUUAAUUUCUACGACGUCCUUGAUAGCAACGAGUUCUACCAGCCUAACUAAACCUUCUUCUUCUCAUAUAUUGGAGACCUCCCGUGUCGAAUCAUCAAACUCACUUCAUGCGAUAUCUGCUAAAUCUUCCUUUACCAUUUAUGAAGAGUUUAUGUCCUCUUCGAAAUCUUCUCUAACUAGUUCGGUAAAUUCUCCUGCUGUUUCAACUACCUCACAAUCUUCGUCUGCAGACGUGGACUCGAAACCUUCAACACCAGCUUCAAGCAGCUCUCUUGCUCAAGAGUUGACCUCCAAGGACAUUCCUGUUUUGUCAUCUCACUAUCCCCAGUCAAGCAGAAGCACAACAUUAACUGUACUUGAAAAGAGUGAAAAUAGUGACGGAGGUUUGAACGUGCUGCCAACAACAAGCGAUUCAAAUACUAUAUCCGAGGCACCACUUCAAACAACUCCAACUCUCACAAACACUCUAAAGGGGAACUCAGAACCAGACUCCACAUUGGUUACUCAUGAUUCGGUAACUACCACUCCAAUGUCAGCUCCUGUGGUUUUGACGAGGGAAACAACAGCUCCCUCUAGUGCCUCCAUGGAUUCGACAUUGAGCAGUGCUCAGGAAUCAAAGAGCGUUGUCGAGCCGGAAGUUUCCUCACAUCUGUCCGAUGAUACACUUCAGGGAAUACAGGUGUUAGAUACACCACAUCAAACUACAACAUCCACAGAUGUCACUUUAGACAAGUCUGGUUCAAAUGAUAAGCAAAUAUUAGAAGAAUCCUCGAAUGAAUCCCAUAACAUAGCAACCGACAGCAUUCUAGAUAUUGUGGAGGAAAAAGAACCAUAUGUGACUACGGAAAUUCCAGCUGUCAUCACACGCGAGGUUACCAAUUCGUUUACCUUGACUUCUGUAAUCACAAGUAUAUCUGAAAGUGAAAAUUCUUUCACUCCAGAUAUUUUGGAAACUGGAAGUAACACAAUAGAUGUGAAAACAUCGGAGAGCGAUUUUGUGCCAACCGCCUCAGAUACUGAUGAGGGUUGGGUAGUGGUGAGCACUCGUGGGAUCCCAGCAACUUCACUUGAAGCCCAUGGAUCAUUUGACGCAGAAGAGAAACCAGUUUUUGCAACUUCCUUGGGCGUCGCAUUGGUUUCAACUGACAUUUCAGCAGCACCAACUUCCAUAGCAAGUCCAGAAAACACCACUAAAGCGUUAACUUCAAAAACAAAGCCAACACCAGAUUUUACAUAUAUGCCUUCAGAAACAGCUGGCCUUGAUCAAGGAGAGGUUUUGGAAACAUAUGUUCAAACUGUCAGCACGGAGAAUUUAGUCGAUGAACAACCUUUUGUAGGUUCUGAACCGGCCAUUGAAACAACUCUUUUUUGA